AUGGAUCCAGCCCCGAGCACGGGUCCUUCUCCGAGCCCUGGCACAGCAGGCAGCGCGCAGGGAUUUGCUCUGCAUGGCACUCCUGGGCAGGGCGUCUUUUGCGCGGCGCCGCUAGUAGACAAAUUACAGCCUUGCCUCUCGCAAAUCCCCGUGGAUCCGCCGGCGCCUUGGCCUGGAUGCCUGCGCAGGUUUUGGGGGCUCUCUGAGACUCGUGAAGCCGGGAUGUCUUUCAGCAGGAGGAACUGGUCCGAUCUCUCCAGCCUGGCCAAGCAGAGGACGCUUGAGGAUGAAGAAGAGCAGCAAAGGGAGCGCCGGCGAAGGCACCGGAGCCUGCUGUCCUCCUCAUCGGUGGAUGAAGAACCUCCAAGCCCAGUGAAAGACCCCAGCCCAACGCCCAGCAGGCCCCAGUCCCUGGUGAAGCCGGCGUCUCCGGAGGAAGAGGAGGAGCGCAAGCUCUCGGAGGUGCUGAAGACGCAAGAAGGGAGACGGACAAGGUCCCCGUUGGCUGUGUCUGAGAAGCCGAAACAGGAGAAGGAGCAGCGGGAGGCAGCGGUGGGAGCGAGCUGCGAGCUGGCUGCAGCUCAGCCCCACACAGGGCAGGAGAGCGGCCGGGCUGCAGAGCGGGGUCAGGAUGCGGCCACGGGCAGAGAAGCCUCAGCAGGAGACCAGCACCCAGAGCCAGCCCACGAGAGGAAGAUGGUGGUGAGGGGACGGCUGCAGGACAAAGAGGGACAAGGCACGGGGACACCCCAAGGGGAGCAGCGGAGGGAUGAGGGGGAGCCGCAGCAGCAAGCGGCUCCGGAGCUGGGGGCCUGCCGGGUCCGCGAGGUGAAGAUCCUGACCCGAACGAGGACCCGCAGCACAGAGGAGAAGACAGCCUCAGAGGGGACCCCGUCUCCGGACCAGCAGCAUCCACCCAGGAGUCCCUUAAAGGAGGUAAUACAGCCCCCUCCCACCCAAGAUGAACCUCCAGAAAAGUCAGAUGCUUCUCGAAAUUAUGCCACUUACAGUAGUUCCAUCAGAAGAAGCAGCCCAAGGACUGUCUCCUUUCGGGUGAUCUCAAGGAAACAGAAAGAAGAAGAUGAAAGCCCUCUCACAAGGAGCGCGAGCCUGAGGAUCCCAGGUAGCAACACCACCAUCGAGGAGAAGCUGGAAAAGUACACCUCGGCUGUGCAGCGCUCGGGGUCGGUGAGAUCUUCCGUGACUGUUCAGAAGAGCCUCGUGGUGACCUCGGAGGGGGUGGCCAGCAAGCGCAACUUCUUCGAGGCCAGCGCUCCCAGCAAGGCUGAGCCGCUCGCAGCCAGGAAGGACAACCUGAAGAUCCCGGGGUCGGUGACAUCCCGCAUUAAUCUGUGGAUCAGCCGAACUCAGGAGCCUGCCAAGGAGGAAAAGAGCAAGGACAUCGGGAAAAUAAACAGCCUGCCAAAGCGUGAUGUCUGGGUAAAGCAGCCCAGAGACGCCCCUGCAGGCACCAAGGUAGAUGUGGAGCUGCGCUGAAAACUGCUCUG